AUGCAUGAAAUCAUAACUCUUCAGCUUGGCAACAAAAGUAACUAUCUAGCGACACAUUUCUGGAACGCUCAGGAAUCUUAUUUCACAUAUUCUUCUGAUGAGGUACUUCUGGUCAACCCAGACAUUCACUUUCGACCAGGCCUUGGUUCCGAUGGAUCAGAGACAUUCACUCCUCGAACCAUAAUCUAUGACCUGAAGGGUGGGUUUGGCACUCUCCGUAAAUUUAAUGCAUUAUAUGACAUCCAGGAUGAGUCUCAUCCUCCCCUGGGUCUUUGGGAUGGCAACACCGCGCGACAUCUACAACAGCCCAUUGAGCCAUCUGAGUUCCAAAGGAACCUAGAUCUAGGUCUUCCGACUGCUCAACUCCACGCCUCGGACGUGAGGUAUUGGUCUGAUUUCAACCGAGUCUUAUAUCACCCUAGAUCCAUCGUCCAGCUCCACGAGUACGAAUUGAACUCGCAACUGAUGCCCUUUGAAAACUGGUCGGCAGGCGGAGACUUGUUUGAAAGCCUGGACAAGGAAGUUGAUCUGCUUGAUCGUGAUGUCAGACCGUUCGUAGAAGAAUGCGAUCAAGUGCAGGGUUUUCAACUGUUCACUGGGGCAGAUGACGCUUGGGGAGGGUUUGCUGCAAAUUAUGUGGAUAAUGGCCACCAGGGUAUGUCCACACCAGUUCUCAGCAGACAGAUUGCUCAGUGGGACCAGGAAAAAGGAUCGGUGAGGGUGUGCAAUGCCGCGAGAACCCUUCAGUCAAUUGGUCAGCAAGCAUCAGCAUACAUCCGACUUGCUACUCCUCCGGCAGUCCUCCCUCGGUACGUACACCUCGACAAUGGUUCUGACUGGAUGAAUACUGCACUCCUCUGUGCGGGCGUCGAAUCUGUUACACUUCCGACAAGGCUCCAUGCCGAAGUAGGGAAAAGAGGCUCGUUGGGUCUACUCGAGGACACUUUGAAUACCAACGGGGUUCAAAAUGUGUUUGAGCUUCAUGCAAGCGUCACGAGUUCAAAUGUUGGUGCAAGCCAUUCUUCCAACGGAGUUGCAAUUGUGCAAGGGAAUGGCCAUCAAGGAAAUCAAAGUGCCAAUGUGCCAGAGCCGUCAGAUUUCGACCUGGACUACAGCCCAAGUCUCAGCAAGCCGUCAGCCAGGAGGUCUAAUCACGUUUUUGCCCAGGUGGAAUGUGAGCGUGACCACCUCGAGUCAGGCACUCGACCGUUGACCCUUAACCCGGAGGAGCGGCUUCGAAGAAGACUGAACGAGGAGAGCGUGGUAGAGCUAUUUCAGACCAGCCUCCAAUUUCCUCUGCUUGACACAUUCCCCGACACACUCUUCGAGACCAGUCGACGGCCCAGCGGGUUGGACGUUUCGGCAGCCUUGGGAUGCAAUUCCAGAAUGAAGAGCAGGAUUCUUGACCUCAGGGACCUGACUGCCCGCCUAAUGCCACGGGAAGAACGGGAGGCACACUACAACGACUUGACACAAAUGGCCCAGAAUUACGGCAUUGGGUGGGAGUCAGGAUCAGAUUCUGGGAUCGACGAUGACACAACGACCACAACGACUACUUCUUCGUCAACUGUCGCCCCCACGUCGUGGAACGACUGGACCAGCACCACGACAACGACGACACCCUCGUCGACUGUCGCCCCUACAACGUGGAAUGACUGGACCAGCACCACGACAACGACGACAAAGUCCGUUGCCCCUACAACGUGGAACGACUGGACCAGCACCACGACAACGACGACAAAGUCUGUUGCCCCUACAACGUGGAAUGACUGGACCAGCACUACGACGACGACGACAAAGUCUGUUGCCCCUACAACGUGGAAUGACUGGACCAGCACUACGACGACGACGACAAAGUCCGUCGCCCCUACAACGUGGAAUGACUGGACCAGCACUACGACGACGACGACAAAGUCUGUUGCCCCUACCACGUGGAAUGACUGGACCAGCACAACGACGACUACCCCGGUUCCCGUCCAGCCUACGACAUCUCAUUGGCAAGAUUGGAGUAGCGCAACGACGACUCCGGUUCCUGUCCAGCCUACAACCUCUCAAUGGCAAGAUUGGACUCCUGCACCUGCCCCAGCGCCUGUCGAGAGCACUCCAUCGCCCGUUACUAGCUGGGCUGAGUGGUCAACUCCUUCGGCACCUGAGUUUAGCACCUGGGCCACUGUCGCCGUGAGCAGCAGCACAUAUGCUCCACCUCCUGCGCCAGUCGUCAGCAGCAGCGUCUGGACAAGCGUCGCUCCAGUCGCUAGCACUACUGCCCCUGCUCCGGUAGCGACGUACACCGGCGCUGCUAGCAGCAACAACAAGCCUGCCGUGGCGUUCCUUGCCGGUAUUGUUGGCUUGGUCGCCCUGGCAUAA